UGAUGGAAAACCAAUUCAAAGCUAUCGUCACGCAGAUAUAAUUUCAAAAGAUGAUGCAUUUGGUAGAAAAUUUGUUGAUUUAAUGGAAAAGUUUGUAACUAAAUUGGCAAAAUGUUUUGAAUAUCUUGCUAAAGAAAAAUCAAGAGCUUGCAUUUUUGUAUAUUCUGAACAAGAAAAAAAUACAAUCAAAGAUUCUUUAUUAAAGAUUUUAUCCAUGGAUUCAAAUCUGGUGCCUAGUUCAGUGGGGCAUCUAGCUGCAAGAUGUCUUUUUAAUUUAUUUGAGGAUUCUUCUCUAUUAUUAGCUUCUAGAAAUAGUGAAAUUAAUGAAAUUCCUGAACUUUCUGGUGAAUCAAGUGAAUUUCUACGUGUGAUCAUUCUUGAACAAGCUAUCAGGGAAAAUAUUGCAAUUCAUGUGCCAGGAUUUUAUCGAUUGAUUGAUGUUUGGGAACAAAUGGUGAGGCCUAAACUUGAGGAUGAACAACUAUUAGAGUUAUUAAAUGAACAAGCCAAAAAUAUUGACUUGGAGGAAAUUUAUUCUUCAUGGAUUUCUAGUAAAUGUGAAGAAGUAAUCGGGUUAAAUAAAGCACAUUUAUUAAGAAAUGAUUUUGCGAACGCUGUUAUAAAAGUAUAUUAUAUGUUGUUAAAGGAAUAUACUGAUGACAUUUCUUCAAAGUUAUUGUUCGCGCCAUCACCAUUUAAAUUUGCAGAAAUAAGAUCUUUUAAAAACGAUUAUUUAGGAAAAAUCUAUUUUUUCAAACAAUAUGAAGCAAUCACCGAAAGUAAGCAGGUGAGAUCGGGAAGAUUUGCAGAUUAUGUUUCAGAUGAAGCUAAAAAUGGGAUUUUGUUACAAUUAGACAAGUUUAUUAAUAAAAGUGGUAGUGAAUGGGUAAUGCGUUUUGAUGUAUUGAGUGAUGGAAAAGUGGGUAGUCUGUUAGAAAAAAGUAAUUUAAAAGAAUUUAUUUUAGUAGAAGAUACAAUGAAGGGUAUUUUGGAAGCAAUCAAAUUUCCAGAUAUGAAAUAUAGGAAUACAAUAUUUGGUUUUGCAUUUACAGUUGUCUCUAUACAUGAUAUUGAUUAUAGCAAUCCAGAUAAAAAAAUAAUUAAUUUGAAAGGCUAUAUUAAAAAAAGCCUAAAUGUGGGUUCCAAGUAUAGAUUAUACAAACGUUAUGUUGAUUUCAAUUUGGAUAAAGUUUUAAAAGUACUAUCUGAAAUUGAUGAAUGCGAAGAAUCCAUAUUUUUGCAAUUAUUGAAAGAUCCAAAUGCAUGGGGAGCCAAAAAAUUAAUAUGCGAGGAUGAAGAUUUAAAAGAUAUUAAGAAAAUGGCAUUAGAACUUCGGGAUAGCUUUUUAAUGUCGCCGUCGCAAAAGGAAUUUUCCGCAAGCUUAUUGGAACGAAGACUUCAAAUAGUUUGGGGGCCCCCAGUAAUUAUUAAUGGCAGUGUUGAACUUCAAAGUACACAAAGAACAAAUAAUGGGCGCGGAGGACCUAUGGAUCAAGACGAGUUGUUGCUUAAAGUUAAUGAAAAGUUGUCAGAUAUGAUAUCUCAAGGCACAGCAGCAUUGAACAGUACUGUUGAUGUAACUGAAGUUGAAAUGAUGCUCUCAGAAGAAAGAGAACGUGAAGAAAGAAUAAUGAGAGAACUUGGACUCCAAUCACCUGUUGGACGUCGUAACAAAAGGUUUACUAAUUCGCCAUCUUCGGACUAUGAAUAUUAUAGCUCUUUAUCUGAUUCUGGCAGUUAUUCUGCACCAGAAACAUCUUAUUGUGAAUAUGGUUAUGGUUCUAAUAGUGGAUUUGCCUCACCAACUGGAUAUGAUACUCCUUUAAGAUAUGUUGGUGAUGUUAAAGGAAAAAAUAGUGUUGGCAGUGUUAGUGGUGAUGGUGAAGAAGAAGAUACGGUGAGAGAAACAGCAGUAGGAGAAGUGGGAGGAAGAGAGAAUUUAUUGAAAAGGAAAUCUAAAAACCUAGACAAUAAAAAACAUAAUAAAAAAGUCGUUAUAGGUAAAGUAGUAAAAGAUAAUGAAAUGGUAGUAAUAGGAGUAGAUGUUAGUAGAGAUGGUGUAAUUGUAGAAGAUACCCAUGUAGUAGAUAAUUAUGUAAAUAAAAGAAAAUCAACAACUCCUCUAACUGCCCCAAUUACCACAACAGAUACCACAACCGAUAUCACAACCAAUGCGAUAACCGAUACCACAACCAAUACUACAGCCAAUAUCACCACAAUCAAUAUCACACAAACAAUUUCAAAAUCAAUUCCAUCGAUCACUUUUCCUUCCACAUCAUUAUCGCCUCCUGAAUCUGAAUCUUCAUCACCGUCGUCAUUACCAUCGAUUUCAAUUGACGAACAAAAAAUAAUCUUGAGAGAAUUCAAUCACUAUUAUAGGUUACGUAUGUCUGAUAAAUCUACUACGCAAUGGAAGAUUGCAAAUGAAAUACGUGAUAUUAGUGAUGUGAAGAUUGCACUUGCACAAUCCACUGUCUCCAAGAUACUCAGUAAAAAUAGUAUGCCGAAAGAUACCAACACAUUAAAUGCAAUCAAAAAAUGGGUUGAAAAUGAAAAGAAUAAAACCAACAAUGUUAUUGAUAUUCUCAUUUCUCUAAUACUACACCUACAAGUGCUACCACGCACUUUUCACCUCCACCAUGUAGUAGAUAAUUAUGUAAAUAAAAGAAAAUCAACAACUCCUCUAACUGCCCCAAUUACCACAACAGAUACCACAACCGAUAUCACAACCAAUGCGAUAACCGAUACCACAACCAAUACUACAGCCAAUAUCACCACAAUCAAUAUCACACAAACAAUUUCAAAAUCAAUUCCAUCGAUCACUUUUCCUUCCACAUCAUUAUCGCCUCCUGAAUCUGAAUCUUCAUCACCGUCGUCAUUACCAUCGAUUUCAAUUGAAGAACAAAAAAUAAUCUUGAGAGAAUUCAAUCACUAUUAUAGGUUACGUAUGUCUGAUAAAUCUACUACGCAAUGGAAGAUUGCAAAUGAAAUACGUGAUAUUAGUGAUGUGAAGAUUGCACUUGCACAAUCCACUGUCUCAAAGAUACUCAGUAAAAAUAGUAUGCCGAAAGAUACCAACACAUUAAAUGCAAUCAAAAAAUGGGUUGAAAAUGAAAAGAAUAAUACCAACAAUGUUAUUGAUGUUGAAUAA